AUGAAGUCCCAACUUCUCUCCAGUGCCGCUCUGCUCGCAUCGGGUGUCUUUGGCGCUCGUGAGUGGCUGAACGAGCCCGACACUGGUAUCGAGCUUUCCCUUCCGGAUCUUAAACCUGGAGAGUUGGCCAGCAUUGACUCUGUCGUUGGUUUGCCUGAUUUUGAAUAUGUCGCUAGAAACUAUCUUCCCAUCAAGAAUUACACAUACUACCGGAAUGGUGCCGGAGGCGAAUGGGCAUACCGCCACAAUGUCGAGGUCUUCCAGCAGUACGCUAUCCGCUCAAGGACAAUGAUUGAUAUCACCAAUAUUGAAGCUUCUCUUCCGACCCAAAUUCUCGGCCACAACUUCUCGGUCCCCUUUUACAUCACCCCAUUCUCCCGAGCUGACAUGGCCCAUGAGGGGGCAGAAACCAACCUGGUGAAGGCUGCUGCUGCCCAAAACAUCCUCUAUGUUCCUUCCCAUUAUGCGUACCAAAGCAUUGAGACGAUUGGAGCUGCCAAAGCUGAGGGGCAGGUGCUGUUCCAGCAGCUGUAUCUCACUGCCAACGACACUCGAACUCAAAUCGAGUUGGACCGUGCCAAAGCUGCUGGCCACAAGGCUAUUGUCUUCACUAUCGACUGCCCUGCGCCCGCAAACAGACAUCGAGCUGCCCGCUUUGACGUUCUUUCGCUGAACCAAGCCUAUGUGCCUCUUACUUGGGAGUUCUACAAGAAGCUCACCACAAUGACCGACCUCCCUAUUAUCCUGAAGGGCAUCCAAACCGUUGAGGACGCCAAGCUGGCCCUCGAGAACGGUGUCCCCGGCAUCAUCCUCUCCAACCACGGUGGUCGCCAGCUAGACACCGCCCGCGGACCGCUCCACAUCGCCCUCGAGAUCCACCGCAAAGCCCCUGAGCUCUUCCAGAAGCUCGAGAUCUUGGCCGAUGGAGGUGUUCGCUACGGCGCCGACGCUCUCAAGCUCCUCGCCCUUGGUGUCAAGGCUGUUGGCAUCGGGCGUCCCUUUGCCUUUGCAAACAUCUACGGCCAGGAGGGUGUUGAGAGAGCCAUCAAGAUUCUCCGAAGAGAGAUCGCCAUUGAUGCUGCUAAUGCUGGUGUGGCUGACUUGAAGAAGAUCACGCCCGAUGUGAUUGACUGGGAUACUCCUUAUGGAUACAGCGGUUAG